UGUGACAAAAAUUUAUGUUGUCAGUUCAAUUGAAAAUAAUUGUAACAAAAGUUACAAUUAUUUUUUAACUGAAUUUUAUGAUAAACCUAUUUAAAUUGAAUUAAUAUUAAACACGAAUUAAAUUGAAGAUGGGUAAAAACAGUAUUCCGGAUAGGUGGUUGAAUUAUGAUGCUAUUGGGCGUCAGAUUUACGGGACAAAUUUCAUCGCUUUUAAAGUGCCUUUGAAAUCUAGUUUCGACGAAAAUUUGUAUCAAAGUGAAAGAUUCAAUCAAAUUCAACUAAUGGAAAGAGUUCCAAAUUUGGGUCUGAUCAUUGAUUUGACUAAUACAAACAGAUAUUAUGAUUCACAAGUUUUUGAAGAAAAUGGAGUGCAAUAUAAAAAAUUAAUGACAAGGGGGCAUGACGUUCCUGAUGAACAAAUCAGAAGUUCUUUUUGUAGAUUAGUAAAAGAAUAUUUAAAGUUUAAUUUAAACUCAGGAAAAUUAAUUGGUGUUCAUUGUACACACGGAGUUAACCGAACAGGAUUUUUAAUUUGCUUUUUUAUGGUUACGGAACUUAAAAUUGACCCAAUUGAAGCUAUCAAACGCUUUAAUGAUGCCAGAGGAUAUCCAAUAGAAAGGACGAAUUACCUUGAUUUCUUGAACACUUUAAAGGUGUGUAAGCCAAAUUUAUACACAGACAAUUAUUAUAUCAACAGAAACCACGAAUUUAACAAAUUUCCGGAAAAUAUUGAACAACGUUACGUUAAUAAUAGUGAACUCCCAUCAUAUAUAUCCCAUCAACAACCAAAUUAUCAUCAAUUAAAUAAUUCAAGGAGGAACUAUCGAUUUCAUCCAGUACAUUCUGAGUAUUUAAAAGAAAAACACUUGUAUGAAACAACAAUAACAACUCCUGACAGACGGUUAAUGUCAAGAAAACCAAAUGAAAUACCUAAUACAAUUACGAGAUCCUACGAAACCUAUGCUAACCCUUAUCAUGCUCGAAAUCUGAAUUAUGGUGAUUCGUCUUGUACUUUUUAUAGGGCACAAAUUUAUGACCAAAGAUACUUAAAUAAAGACCUGGAACCACACUUUAAAAACUACGGGCAAGACAAUAAUGUCUUUUUUAAUGAUUUCGUAAGAAAUGAAAGUCAAAGUUUCACAAGAGAUGCAUCAAAUAUAAAUACAAAUUCUUCAAAUUACUUUCUCAAUAAUACUUUAGACUCCAACGCUGGUUACGUAGGACCAAUCCGAAGACCUCACUCAAAUAAUUUCAAAAGAAAAGUUGUGUUUGAAUGAUUCACUUAAUAAACACUUAUAAUAUAGUGUACAAUUGCAGAUUUUUUUUAGUCAUGGGUAAUGUGAAAACUUUAGUUUACAUAAGAUUACAUUUGUAAAAUAAAGGAUCAGAUAAACGGCUUGUUAGAACGAAAAAACUUUGACUAUUUCAAUUUAAAAUUUUGUACAUUACUUUACAAACUGCAAUUGCAAUAAAAAUCAUUAAUACUU